UGCACCGCCGUCCCAUUUUCUCAUCGCGAACGGAAUCCUUUUCCUCCCCCAUAAAUGUAAGCUGGGCACGAUUCAGAUAUCGCCACGUUGUCGACCUUCUGACUUGCCUCCACUUUCCUUGUUAAUCAUCCUUUUUAGAGCUUAUCUCUACCUCCCUCUUGACUCAAAGUAUCACUUCAAAGAUGAUGCGUCUUCAGUAUCGAAUCGUCUUGAUACUCAUACUGAACUCAUGGGUGUGCUCUGCGAUCCCCGACGUGCAAGCACCAUUUCGAUCCGUCCGUCAGGUACGUGCCAAAGAUCGGUUUCGGGUGUGGAGGCCGUCGCUCAACUUUUCCAUCAUGCUUCAUUCGCGUGUUUCAACUCUUUUCGUCUUUUCCUUAGCGCUUUCGUUGGCCUGCUGCCGCUUCCUCUCGUACAACCACUACAACCACAACGUCCCAUUCAUCAUCUAGAGCAGUAACGACUCCUCCUUCGGAUAACAAGAAGACGAGGGAUUCGGAUGGAGGAACGUAUGACCCUUCCGGGACGGACGACCAUUGGGAUGUUCGUCCUUGGUGGAGAUGGGAUCAUGAUCCUUACUCGGAUGACUGGCCAUUUGGGUAUUGGUUCGAUCACGCGCCGUGGCCUUGGGCGAGUCCACCCUGGCACAGGAUUGUAAGGAGGUAUCAUGGUGUCGGCGGGAAAGAAAGAUGGAAGGAUCUGGAUGUAGCUGGGAAGCAGAGGGGGCGCUGGACGCUUACUCCCAAGUAUGUUCCCCCCUCUUCCGAGAGUGUUUGAGAGAGAUCAGACUGAUGUUUGAUGUUUUCGGUUUUGUUGUUGAUCUGAUUUUUAGACUUGACCUAAUCGACGGAGAGGGGAACACGAUGGUAGCCACGUUCGAGCUACCUGGUCUAA